GCACUCACUAUUCUCCAUUCCCAUUACCAAACGUUCUAGAACCAAGGAGAGCAAAAACUAAACCCAUCGUCCUUCUCUCCCACCCCCAAUUUUUCUCCUAUGUGGUUCAACGAUGUCAGUGUGGGUGGAGCGAGAUUCUUCGUCCUUCUCCGUGCGAACAAUUAUGUAGGUGCGUUGAGAUUUCGAUCGUUCUUCCUCCCCCGUUUCUUCUCUGUUUGUGCGUUGCUGUGAGUUCUGCUGCUGGUUUUCUCUUCCAUCGUAUUUCUUGCUCCAAGUGCGUCGGUCUCUCUCCCCCUUCUUUCUCCAUGUUCAUUGAUCUGCACUUUGAUCUUCCUCUUCCUUCUAGACGCCGCUGAUUGAGGGUGUUGGGAAGAUGUGAGGCUUGAUAGAAAUUGAAAGAAGUGAAUUUUUGAAUUUGGAAACACAAUAGAUAAUAUUGGCACUUAGGAUCUCCUAUUGAUCAUUGAGAGAAUUUAUCGCUAAAGCAAAGUAGACGAAUUUCUUUGGACAACUCUCAACUUGAUUUAAAUAAUUUAUUCAGAAUGUUGCAAAGGUGGAGCAAAGCAAUCACUCAUGUUUCUAAAAUUGGAUCACAAAGUAAUUUGAAAUUUGGCAAAGUCAUUUGUGCCAUUACGCGCCGAAGUUAUGCGAAGGUUGCAGCAGCAUCUUCACCAACUUCAACUGAUUCUAAGGAGAAAGAUUUUACAAAUGAAUCCAAGGUUAACUUAGACAAAAUGUUUUGGUCAAAGCCCUGUUCACUGGCCUUGGCUGAAAAUUCGCUACUGAGAGUUCAAGAACCAAAAUUUGAGGGCAUCAAGCGAUUCUUUCUGAAAAUGUUGCUGUUUUAUAGCAAACAGAGCAAGUCAAUUCGAGGAGCUAAUGUGGUAUACCAGAGAAUCCUUUCACAGGUUGAUAAACCUCCUAUUUAUGAAGUGUUUAACUUGGAGAAAACAUUUAAAACAACAUUUUCUCUACUUGUACUUCACAUGUGGCUAUGUUUGCGCCGUUUGAAGCAAGAUGGGAAGGAGGGAGUUGAAUUUGGGCAGUACAUUUAUGAGAUAUACAAUCAUGACGUGGAGCUAAGAGUGUCUAAAGCUGGAGUUAACCUCUUGUUGACUAGGUGGAUGAAGGAUCUAGAAAAAAUUUUCUAUGGAAAUAUUGUUGCUUAUGAUACAGCCUUGCUACCAGAAGCUAAACCAAAUGAUUUCUCUGAUGUAAUAUGGAGGAAUAUAUUUUCUGAUGAUUCAUCAUCAUCACCAGAUGCCGCUGCAUUGCGGUCAGUUCAGGCAAUGGCCAGGUAUGCUCGUCGGGAAGUAAGUUGUCUCUCUCUGACAGAUAAAGAAGCAAUAUAUUCAGGGAAUUUUUUGUUUACCUCACUGAAGCGCGAGAUCACAAGUGCAAAGCAGCACCAAUAGUUCAUCAUUUCUUGAACAAAAUCUUAGAAAGGUGACAUUUUUCAUUAUUUGUUGCUCAGAAAGAAACUGAAUAAUUAUUGUACAAGCAGGUAUCGAUCGCCUGCGGGAUUAUUUAUAUUUGAUUAGUUUGGCGUCCUGAAACUCGAUUCUCCAUUUUUUUGGUCAGAUAAGGGAGAAGUGAUAGUAUAAAAUAACUGUGAUGUUUUUUUGUAAUUAUUUCCAUCUGAAAUAUGACAAUUAACUCGAAUGGGAUUCAUGUAUUUGCACUCUAUCUGAGAUAGAAGAUUGUUCGCAUGAUUAUAAUCAAAGUAUAAUUAAUUUGGAGCU